AUGUCGGCCUCGCAGACCUUCACCAGCGACCUUCGCAGCAGCGCCAGGGAGUUCAACCGCGACAAGAACAGCAGGGCCAAGUGGGCGCAUGGCCAGUCGUUUGGCCCUGGACGGCGCGAGGAAGACGGCAAGCCUCGCCCUGCGAAGCCCUUUCCUCAUAUCAAGGCCUCGUCCUUUAGCCCUAUGAAAGCCCGCUCUACCUUCCACAAGGACAUGGCAUCGGCCAGUGACGAGUCGUCGGCCGACGAAGACGUUGACCACCCGUCGGCUGCCCCUGCGCCAGAUGCCGACAUCGCAUACUCAUACGAUGCCGCUCGCGGUCCCAGCCACGGCAGCCAGAUCCUCAACUAUGCCCUCGACAAGGCUGUCGAGCGCUUCGAGACAAAGGAGACGGAGAAGCUGGUCAAGAACGAGUACGAAGUCCUGGACAUUGAUGACGACAUUCCACGAACCAAGCGACGCGUCGCUCCCGAGGAUGAGGAGUACGAGUUCGUCGACGCCUAA